AUGGAAAAUAUUAGUAAAAAAGUAAAGGAAGAAAAAAAAAUAAUUAAACCUAUUGUUAUUGGAAAUAUAUCAAAACCAUUAGAUAAACCUAUUACCGAUUCUUGUGGUAAAUCUCGAACUCAUGAAUGGAUGAUAUUUGUUAAACCAUAUUUAAAUGAAGACAUUUCUAAAUACAUUAAGAAAAUUCAAUUUAAGUUACAUGAAAGUUAUGAUAACAAUGUUAGAGUUGUUGAAACACCCCCAUACCAAGUUUGUGAAACAUGUUGGGCUGAGUCAGAAGUUAUGAUAAAGAUAUUUUUUAUUGAUUCAGGUGAAAAACCUAUAACUUUAUACCAUUAUGUUAGAAUCAAAGAAGACGGGGCAACUUUUGUUGGUGAGGAUGGUACAAUUGUAGCUGAACACUAUGAUGAAUUAAUAUUUAAGGAACCUUCACCUUUGAUGGAACGUUCAUUAAUAGAAGCUGUUAAAAAAAAUGAAGUCAAUAAUAGUCAAUUUUGGACAAAUUUUGAAAAUAGCAAAAAAAUUCAAAUGGAACAAAUAAUUAAAGCUAGAAAAAUAAUUCAAAAAGAAAUUGAUGAUUUGAAAAAAAGUAUUAUUGAUGGUCAAGAGCUCUUAAGGACAAAAUCAAAAGAAUUACAAAACAUAUUAAAUUCUAAGGAAGAAAGUGAUACAUCACAAGGAAGAGAAUAUAGAUGA